CAAGGAGAUUGGAUGUUCUCCAUCGACUUGAAAUCAGGCUAUCACCAUGUUGACAUCCAUCCCUCGUGCUGGACGUUCCUCGGCUUAGAAUUCGACGGGCGCAUAUAUGCCUUCCGAUCCUUGCCAUUCGGCCUCGCCACAGCACCAUUCGUCUUCACGCAACUCAUCAAGCAAUUAGCUCGGCGAUGGCGGGAGCAGGGGGUCCGCGUGAUACCCUACGUGGACGAUAUCCUCUUCCUGUGCUCGACCCAGGCACACGCUCAAGCCACGUGCCAACGGGUCGUUAUCGAUCUCAAGGCCGCCGGGCUCGUACUCAACUCAAAAAAGUCCAAGCUGAUACCAACACAGCACCUUUGGUUCCUUGGCAGUUGAGAUUCUGGAUCCAAGAGUUCGACCG